GUCCUAUAUAUAACGGAUAGGUGCGCAGUUGGUAGCAUCCAGUACAUCCGAGACAUCCGAACGACUGUGAUUGUGUGAACUUACCCGUGAAUGUGCGUCCAGUGAAGUUUUCGUGUUACCUAUCCCGACCGAUCCUGGAACGAAUUUGUCAGCUGUCAAACAUCUACAGACGCCGUCCUUCCGAUCAACCAAUCCGUCCUCCUAUCGAUCGUGUUAUCAUGUCGCCGAAGGUGCUAGUGUUGGUUGGGGUGGUGCUGGGUGUGUGUGUGGUGUGUCUGCAGGCGGCACCGCAGGCAGAGAAAUAUGAAGCAUACGAGUACAAGUACGAGGUGAAGGACCCCGAGAAGCAGCUGUUUUUCGACAAAAAUGAAGCAGGAGAUACUGCUGGCAAGGUAACGGGACGAUAUUCCGUGUGGUUGCCGGAUGGGCGCCUCAUGACGAUCAAGUACAUCGUGGACAAGGAGGGUGGCUUCCAGCCGGAAGUCGACUUCCAGGAUAACGCGAACCCACUGUCCGGUUAGUAGCGUGCCGGAUGGUUGUCCUCCGCCUCCGCUGACCCAUACGAUGUCGCGAACCCUCGCCAACCUCUAGCCUAGGAUAAGUGUCGGACAGCUUGGAACGGAACAUACGAUUCCACCUGUGCGAAUGUCGUCUGCCGACGAUCGUGGAAGGGAAGGGAUGGUUUCUUUAAUUUAUACCGUGAGUCGCUACGUUCACCCUCGUGCUGGAAAGUUAGAUUAUUGUAAAUAAAGCUAGCCAACUUAGUCUCUACCUGCAAGGUAUCAAAAAUCGA